CCGCUAUUGUUCUGGUGUAGAUGCUGAGGGGAACCAGAGCCAAGGAGGUAGAUUGCUGGUGGUGGGAGGGCAAUAGCAGGGGCACUAGCGGGCCAGGAGACGUACAGGACCCAUUGUUGGGGGAACCUGUUUCCUGGGGUGGCGACAGCAGUCAGUGGCGGACCAGCCACCGUGGGCAGGGGGCGAGGGAAAUCGUGGGGAACCUCACUCAGGAGGGUGAGCAACACAGAGACAUGGAUCAAAGCAGUGAAGGAGGUGUGAAAAAGAUAAGCAGUGUGAAUCUUGACAAACUUAUAAGUGACUUCUUGCAGAUAGAAAAGAAAAUAAUAGAAACCAGUGGAAAGAACAAUAUAUUGGAUAUUCAGUUGGAAAAGACUAAUUGUUUAUUAAAAGCAAUGCAGACAAAGGAGGUCUCAAUUAAAAAAGAAUGUGCUACUCUUCAUGAUAUGAUAAAAGGACUACAGCAGACCAUUGGAUAUCAACAUAAUUUAAAAGAUGAAAAUGAACAACUAAAAAGAAAUACUGAUCUUAUGAAGGAGAAACUAAAGUCUCACGAACAGGAAUAUAAGAAUAAUAUUGUCAAACUUGUGAAUGAAAUGAAAAUCAAAGAGGAUGGAUAUAAGACAGAAAUAAGGAAACUUUAUCAGGACAUGCAAAAACAAGCCGAAUUAAAUGAAGAAAAGCGCAAAGAACUGAUAGAGAAAAAGGAGAUGGAAAUUUCAGAGUUAAAUGCAAAGUUAAGAACUCAAGAAAAGGAAAAACAAAAUGAAUUAGUCAAAUUACAAAUGGAGUUUGAUGCCAAACUAGCAAGAGUUCAAACUAAAUCAACAAAAUCAUAUCUGGAUUCUACUGUUUUGCCACAGAGUAUCUACAGAAGGAAGCUCCAACAUCUUCAAGAAGAAAAAAACAAGGAGAUUGCUAUUCUUCGUAAUACCAUUCGCGAUUUAGAGCAACGCCUUUCUGUCGACAAAGUUUCUCCCCUUAAGCCUGUUGCCAAAGAUUGUCAUCUUAAACGUAGACGGUUUUGAGUAU